GAAAGAGAGAGAGAGAGAGAGAGAGAGAGAGAAGGAGAGGGAGAGUUGGUUCCACUCUGCUCCAGGCCUCUGGGGAAACUACACUAUUAGAGCGUGUUUAUGGAUUGUGUGAGAUACGCUGCGGCUGGUUUACAUGAGGAAAUCACGACCGUUACAUGACCCGGCCAGGAUGGAUGAAUGAAGCUGGGUCUCUCCAGGGCUUUGGGACCUUCUCCUGCAUGUUCCUCAUUCACGUUGUGCCCAGCUGAAGCUGCAUGGCAGGCUGUGAAGGUGUGAGGUAUGAGGGGUGGUGUAUGUAGAGGCCAUGCAGGGUGAGGAGUGGUCAGCAGCUCCUGAUUCUGGUCCUGCAAGACUGGAGAAAGCAGAGACGGAGCAAGAAGCAGAAGAGAGCCGCACAACCCUGGUGCAGGAGGUCAGCCAGUGUCCAGCUGACGUACCCUCCAUGGUACCGGCAACCAGCUGCAGCAGUCUGAAUGGAGAGGAGCCGUUCUGCCGGAUUUGUCAUGAAGGCCACAGUGCUGGGGAUCUUUUAUCUCCGUGUGAGUGUGCAGGGACGCUGGCCAUGGUGCACCGCGUGUGUCUGGAACACUGGCUCACUGCCUCCGGCACCAGCCACUGCGAGCUCUGCCACUUUGAGUUUGCACUGAAGCGCCUGCCAAAGCCUCUGACUGAGUGGCUGGCCGCUCCAUCCAUGCAGCACCAGAGGCGGACGCUGUGCGGGGACGCGAUCUGCUUCCUGUUCAUAACUCCACUGGCCAGUCUGUCCGGCUGGCUGUGCAUGAAGGGGGCCAUGGACCUGUACUACAGCAACGGCAUGGAGGCGUUCGGACUCAUAGUGCUCACAGUGGCCCUCUUCACCAUCUACUUCUUCUGGACUGUUGUGUCUCUGCGUUACCAUGUCCACCUGUUCAGGACCUGGAGUGAGUCCAACCCCAGAGUGAGGCUGCAGAUUCCCCCACCUAAACAGACCCCCCAUCGCCAACAACACCCAGCACUGCACUUCCUGUGCAAGGACAAAGGCAAGGAGACGGUAGUGUAGCUGGAGUGAACGGAUGCCUGCAAGGAUACAGACUGCCUAACAGGGACAAAACACUAGCACAGAGUUUAUACUGCAGUUGUGAUUAUGCCUUGCAGUAUCUUUAAAACAUCAGUGAAUCAGUAACAUCAUGGAUGAAGCUGACGAGCAAAACUUUCAUUGGUUUACCCAAAUAUAUUGACAGACACCCACAAACUCAUCUUAAAAUACACGAAAUCGUGCAGCCUUAAAAGGACACGACUGGAUAAAGGAACCUGCAACUCAUCCUGAUCUGGUGUUCCACAAUAAACCAGAAUGAAACAGGAUAUUCGUUAAGGAGCCUGUCAAUGGACAACUGGAGCACUAAGCAGACGGAGCAUGGCUUGUGUUGCAUGAAGAAUAUAUUAUUGUGUAUAAACACUGAACUUAUUAUUUCUACGACCGUACUGAAACUGUACUAUUUAUACCCGUUUUUAAAAUCAGCUCAGUUCAGAAAUACCUGGAAAAAAUGCCUGCAGAUAAUCAGCACCCAAACACCCACUUUUUACCCACUGUAAUCUUUAUUGAAUUUAUAAUUAUAUAAAAAGUAUAUACACUUGGCGGAACAAAUGCAAUAAAUAGGCUUUGAAAUUCAGGAUCAACUCUGAGGUCACCAGAAGGCUAGAUAAUCAGAUAAGCAGUCACGUUCUGCUCUGAAGGUUUACAAGGGAAUAUGUUGAACCAAAAAAAAAAAAA